GAGAAGCCUUCUCUGGUACCUUCAAUGCUUGAUUAUCAGUUUGAUCUGUUGCUAUCACAAGCUUCACAUUGCUUAUGGGAGACUGAAGAAGUGGGCAAGAGAAGAAUUUCUGACUUUCUAAUGAGACAAUUUCCUUUAGUCUGUUUAAAAGUAGCUGGAAGUGACUUAAUGAUGGCUGUAGAUGGUUUUAUGAAGAUAAGUAAAGGUGAUAUGACCUUAAAAUCUGUUGUAUUCUCUGAACCUUUGCUCAAGGAAGAUGUAGUUGGAAGAUUUCACAAAAAUAUGUUGGAGAAAAUGGGUUUAGAGAAUGGUGAAGGACACGGAGCUCAUAAACUGAUGUCCAAAGAAGCCAUGAAGGUCUUGCUAAACGCUCCAGUGUUGAUAGAUCUGAACUUGUGGUCACAUUGGGACGUUGUCUUUGCUCCUUCUCUAGGCUCUCUUGUGGGUUGGCUGUUGAACGAGGUAAAUACCAAAGAGUUGUUAUGUUUGGUGACUGCAUGUGGGAAGGUUGUCCGCGUUGAUCAAACAGCAACUGUUGAUUCUUUUCUAAAUGUACUGCUGCAAGGAAAUCCUUUUGAUACGGCUGGCAAACUGUUAUCUCUUUUGGUCUUAUAUGGUGGUGAAAAAAAUGUUCCUUUUUCACUCCUUAAAUGCCACGCACGUCAUGCAUUUGAAGUUUUAAUUGAAAAUUAUGAGGAAACAAAAUCACAGGAUCCCCUCAAGCAUACUAAAUUUCUGCAUAGACAGGUCAUAAGUGAUAAAACUACAUUGACUAUUAACAGCAAGGUACCGAGGAGUGAUAGGGUGGAUAGUGCCAUGUCUUUUGAAUCAAGAUUUUUACUUGAUUGCCUGGGCUAUCUGCCAGUUGAGUUUUACUGUUUUGCUGCAGACAUAUUGCUUGCAGGAUUGCAGCCGUUUGUCAAAGAUGCUCCUUCAGCUAUCUUAAGUGAAUGUGAAUGCGUAGAGCAGCGUAUUAUGCUUCAUCGAGUUGGAAUGUUUCUUGGCAUAAUGGAUUGGGUUGACGAUCAACAGAAGUUGACUUCCAGUUCUGCCUCUAGCUUGUUAAUGUCUUCUGGAUCAUCAUGCUUGGGAGUCACAGAGCUUAGCCUCAGCACAGACUCAACCGUUAUGCAUUUAGUGUCAAACAAAUAUCCUUUGUGUAGAAGUGGAAUUAGCCUCUCUCCGGAUCCGAUUCGGCAAAAUGAAAAUCGAGAAGCCUGCUGCUCUGCUGAUGUUACUGAUGUCCCUCUUGAUAAUUUUGCUGGUUAUUCCAAAAUGCGCUUAUGUGAGCUUGAGUGUUCUGCUGCCAGGGUUAUUUAAUCUAUUCAACGAGAAGAAUUCAAUCUGCAGCCCGAUCAAUCACUAGUUGAAAGUGCAUUUUUGAAGAAGCACAAUGCUCUCUUGGGGAGAGCACUUCAUCGUCUUUCCCAGGAGUUGUAUUCACAGGAUUCACACUUGAUACUUGAGCUGGUGCAGAAUGCUGAUAUAAUACCUACCCUGAGACUGUCGAGCCCAGUUUGGUUUUCAUUCUUCAGGAUAAAGGCAUUAUAGUUCUAAACAAUGAGCGUGGUUUUUCUGCUGAUGACAUCAGAGCACUCUGUGAUGUUGGGAACUCAACUAAGAAAGGAAGUAAUGCUGGAUACAUUGGCAAGAAAGGCAUUGGUUUCAAAUCUGUAUUCCGGGUCACUGAUGCUCCUGAGAUUCAUUCCAAUGGCUUCCAUAUUAAGUUUGAUAUCACUAAUAGCCAGAUAGGUUUUGUUUCGCCAACUGUUGUUCCUCCCUGUGACAUUGACCACUAUUCCAGAUUGGCAUCAUCAGAUUCUGAUUGCAAUCAUUGGAAUACAUGCAUAGUGCUUCCCUUGAGGUCAAGUCUCUUGGAAAGGUCCAGCGGGAAAAAUGUUAUAUCAAUGUUCGCUGAUCUUCAUCCAUCAUUACUGCUUUUUCUUCGCCGUCUUCACUGUAUCAAGUUUCGAAAUAUGCUAAGUGAUUCCAUUAUUGUUAUGAGGAAAGAAGUUGUGGGAAAUGGUAUCAUUAAGGUUUCCUUUGGAGAGAAGAAAAUGACUUGUUUUGUCGUAUCCCAGAAAUUACGGGCUGACACUAUUCGUCCUGGUACAGCAGCAACAGAAAUUUCCAUAGCGUUUACCUUGCAGGAAACACUUGAUGGAAGCUACAACCCACAUCUGGACCAACAACCUGUUUUUUCCUUCCUUCCUUUGAGAAAGUACGGCCUGAAGUUUAUACUUCAAGGUGACUUUGUACUCCCUUCGUCCAGGGAAGGAGUUGAUGGUGAUAGUCCUUGGAACCAGUGGUUGUUGUCAGAAUUCCCUAGCUUGUUUGUUAGUGCUGAGAGGUCAUUUUGUGAUCUACCAUGUUUUAGGAAUAAUCCAGCAAAAGGUGUUACAGCUUUUAUGAGCUUCGUUCCCCUUGUAGGAGAUGUUCAUGGUUUCUUUUCUAGCCUUCCUCGGAUGAUUCUUUCUAGAUUACGCACGUCAAACUGCUUGUUACUAGAUGGUACAGAAAAUGAAUGGGUUGCUCCGUGCAGAGUUUUGAGCAAUUGGACAGAAGAAUCUCGUAAGCUCUUGCCUGAUAGCUUGCUUUCUAAGCAUCUUGGUUUGGGGUUCUUGCAUAAAGAUAUAAUUUUACCAGAUUUGUUAGCCAGGGCCCUAGGGAUUGAGAAGUAUGGACUGAAGGUUCUAUUUCAGGUUAUGACGUCUUUGUGCUCUUCAGAAGAUGGUCUAAAAUCAAUGGGUUUGAGAUGGCUUUGUGCGCGGUUAAAUACUGUAUAUAAUUUGUUGUCAAAGAGUGAAAACUCAGCAGGUUUUCGGACAGAAAGAGAUCUCAUGAAUGACCUCAGGAAAAUUCCAUUUAUUCCCCUUUCGGAUGGUAAGUAUGGAUCACUGGAUGAAGGAGUAAUUUGGUUGCAUCUUGAUUCACUGAGCCCUAAAAUUGAUGAUAAGUGUGCGGCAGAAACUUUUCCAGGACUGUACACUAGUCUUAGAACAGUGAGUUCUGCACUUCUUUCUGCUGCUGCUGCUUUUGGCACAUCACAUUGUGAAUCAUCAAUAUUAGAUAAUGUUGCUUGGAUUUUGUAUAGAGCUGGUGUCCAACCGUUAUCGGCGCAUCAAAUAGUAAAAAAACAUAUUGUACCAUCUCACUACGGAGAGCGAAAUGGACAAAGCCGUAGAGAAAUAAUGACAGAGGAUCUUGCCUUCUUAAUGUUCCACUUGCAAUCGAGUUGCCCCGAUUGCAGAUCAGAGAAGGAGCAAAUUAUCAGAGAAGUGCGUGACAAUGCUUUUUGCCAAUGUGACUCUUGCAUAUGUCGAUGUCCAGAACUUCAUAGCAACAGCUUGUUUUUUGCGUUUCUUCCUCUGAGAAAGUAUGGCCUGAAGUAUAUACUUCAAGGGGAUUUUGUAGUCCCUUCAUCUAGAGAUGAAGUUGCUGGUGAUGGUGCUUGGAACCAGUGGCUGCUGCAGAGUUCCCUGGCUUAUUUGCUUGUACAGAAAGGUCAUUUUGUGAUCUUUCCUGUUUUCAGAAUAAUCCAGCAAAGGGUGUUACAGCAUAUAUGA